AUCCGAGAGUGUGGCAGCACUGGCAGUCAGUCAGCACUAAACAGUGAAGUGAUUAAUAAGACCGUGAAGUCGCUUGUUAUAUUUUUAAUCUUGUAUUUAUGCUAGUGGCUUGCUCAGUUUACUGUUUUUUUUUAUUGUAAUGGAUCUGUCAUGACCUAGGUGUUUAUGAAAUAGGAAGCAGACCACAGAAGAAAGAAACAGUCAAAUAGGUCACACAGAAGUAAUACCAAAUAACUUCUCAAGAAGAUGAGUCAUGAUGUGAUUGUUGAUGCUUUGCCAUAUAUUGACACUGGUUAUGAUGAACCUGGAGUUAGAGAAGCGGCAAUUGCCAUGGUUGAAGAUGAAAAGAAGAGAUACCGUCCUACAAAAAAUUACCUUGAACAUCUUCUGCCGCUGAAUUUGUCUGCAUUUGAGACAGAGGUUAUGCGUGUGGAAUUUGAGCGUGUGGCAGCAAGACAGCCCAUGGACACCCUUAGCAUGAAGCGUUAUGAAUUACCGCCACCACCUCCUGGUAAAAUGACAGAUGUAGCUGCUUGGAGUGAGUGUGUAGAUAAUUCAAUGGCUCAGCUAGAACACCAGGCUACCAGGAUAAUGAAUUUACAGCUAAUGGAAGAAUAUGGAUCAGAAGCUUGGAAGAGUCACAAUAACAUGCUUCAGAAUAUGUUGACAAAACAACAAGCCUUAUUACAAGAUAUAAAGAAAGAAAUUCAGGAGCUCAACUGGUCUAGAAAGAAUAUGCAGACAAAAGCAGGUGAAGAACUACGUCAUCUUGAAAGUAGUUGGGUUUCCCUAGUGUCCAGGAAUUAUGAAAUUGAACAAGCUUGUGUAUUACUGGAAGCACAAAUAGCUAAACUGGAAAUGGAAAUUAGUAACCAGGAUUAAACAAAACGGAUUCAAACUGGCUGGACUUCCAGCACGUUGCAAAAGGCUGGAAAUGGUGUUAGUGGUAAUAGACAACAUUCAUGAAUGACUGGAUGAACAUGGUGACCCUGUAUCAGAAGAGGAGAGAGCUGAAGUUGUUUCUGUUGCAGAUGCCCAGAAUGCCAUUAUUCUUGUAGUAAUGACUGUGAUCUGCGCACAACUUUUCCAUUUAGUAACUUGGAACCCUCAUCAAAAAUGGACUACCCCAAACACAAUGUCUUGUUCUAGCCUGCUUGAACCCUCAUCAGGAGAUGGGAUUUCUUUGUUAGAGGCAGUAGUGUUUGUUUAAGACAGAGGAUGCUCAUCUUAUGCAUGUUGCCCUACUGCAACAAAGCCCACUAUAGAAUCAAUUCACUUUUUGUUUUUUGUGUUGCAUCCACAAUCUAGUACAUUUGCCAUCAUCUUCACUGGUAUGAGUUGAGUUGGAUUUCCUACUUAGAUUACAACCUCACCCCUACACCUCUUGCCAACAUUAAUGUAAGGGCAUCAUGGUGCUGAGCUAUUAUUUAGCAAAGCAGACUUGGUGUUAGAAUUACUGUAUUUUUUAUAGUAAUAAAGUGUAUAGAAGUAAAAAGAACUUCAAUUUUGAA